AUGGUGCUGAACAACGACAUUCUGACUCGGUCGCUGUCCAUGGUGCUGAACAACGACAUUCUGACUCGGUCGCUGUCCACGGUGCUGAACAAUGAGAGUCGGGUUCAGUCGCUGUCCAAAACCCUGUCAAACAUCCCGUCUGGCCCGGCCUCUGAUACCUGCGCCACCCUGGAGCAGAGCCGCUUCUUCGGGCUGUUCUCUUCGACCGCCAACCUGCCCUCCACGCCGUGCUCCUGGACMCUGCAGAACCCAGACCCUCGCCGCUACACCGUCUACAUGAAGAUCACCAAGCCCACCGACUCCUGCCUGCCCCGCCAGGUCAAGACCUUCCAGUUCGACUCCUUCAUCGAGACCUCUCGCACCUACCUGGGUAUGGAGAGCUUUGAUGAAGUCGUCMGAUUGUGCGAYGCUUCAACRUCUGUMACCUACCUGGAGUCCAGCAAGCAGUUCCUGCAGCUMCGCAAGGUGGCRCCAAGACRCGGCCUGGAGAUUGUGGAGGGAGAGAGCAGCGGUGAGUUCAAGGCCGAGUUCCUGGUGGUGGGCAAGAGGAACCCCAGUAUGCCAGCCUGUCAGAAGCUGUGCCAGUGGCUGGAGAAUUGUUUGUCCACCAGCACCCAUCCCAACCCCUGCGGCAUCAUGAACACCCCCUGCCAGUGCUGGGAGACCCCCGUCAGGAAGCCCGGCGGCUGCUACCGUGGAGGCGUCUACCUGGAACAGUGCAUCCCAACCCCCCGAGACAUUGGACGUGACAUUGUACGUGACAUCGAAAUCAUAAAGGGCUGGAAUGGGUGGGGCCGCUGGUCUGAGUGCAGUAUGGAGUGCGGGGGUGGAGUCCAGGUGCGCAGCCGAGCCUGUCAUCCAGAGGAUAGUGUGUGUGAAGGCGUGGUCGAAGAGGGGCGGGCCUGCAACCCUCAGCCCUGCAUUGGUCAAGUGCGCAGCCGUAGCCAAGCCCUAGCUUCCAUUGUUGGCCUGAAAAGAGAGAACGUUGAUGUUGCUAGUACUGGAGUCGUGGCCCCUCAAACAGUGGACGCUGCUGCGGUUGCAGAUGAGUGGUCCCCCUGGAGUGUGUGUUCAGUGAGCUGUGGAGAGGGCUGGCAGGCCCGCUCCCGUUUCUGUGUUACCUCCUCCUACAGCACCCAAUGCACCGGCCCCCUCCGCGAGAACCGGCCCUGCAACAACACCAUGGUCUGCCCCGUUGAUGGAGCUUGGGACGAGUGGUCCCCAUGGAGCCUGUGCUCGUCCACCUGCGGCCGUGGUUACCGUGACCGCAUCCGCACCUGCAAGCAGCCCCAGAACGGAGGAGAACCCUGCAAGGGACCCAUCAAACAGACCAAGUUCUGCAACAUCGCAGUCUGCCCAGUGGACGGUGCCUGGAACGAAUGGUCCGGUUGGACCACCUGCUCCGCCUCUUGCUCCAAUGGCACCAAGCAGAGGACACGUGAAUGCAACGGACCGUCCUACGGAGGCUCGGAGUGCCGUGGUGACUGGCGCGAGACCAACAACUGCUUCCUGAAAGAUUGCCCAGUUGAUGGACGCUGGUUAUCAUGGAGCUCAUGGGGAAGCUGCAGUAAGACCUGUGGGGGAGGAAGCCAGCAGAGRCAGAGGAUGUGUGAAGGACCUUACUUUGGUGGGGAGCCUUGCCCUGGAGAGAGAGGAGAGCUGAGACGCUGCAACGAGAAAAGAUGCCCAGAACCCCAUGAGAUCUGUCAGGAGGAGACCGACGGUGAUGUUGUGUGGAAGAGAACCCCAGCAGGAGAUAUGGCGGCCGUGACCUGCCCUACAGAUUCAACAGGUUCAUACUCUGUCGUACACACAGGCUUGACCUUGCGCCGAUGCACCCUUGGCGCUGUAGGCCUUGCUUAUUGGGAGAAUCCGACCUACAUCAAGUGCAUCUCCAAGGACUACCAGGAUAUUUCCACAUUGGCCCAGGAUGGUGUUGAUAAGGCUAAGAAGGGCUUGAUGGCUGAUGGGAUUUCUGAGGUGAUCUCCCGACUGAGGGCCACCUCUGAUGAGGGGACCAAGUACAGCGGAGACCUACUGUCCAUCAUGGAUGUCCUCAGGAACACCACUGAGAUCUACAAAGGAGCUGGAUACAGCCUGAGCAAYGCUGAUGUGGAGAACUAUGCCCAGACAAUCAGCAACUUACUGAAGGAGGAACAUCAUGACMAAUGGGAGGAGGCACAGCUGAUGGGCGCUAAUGUCAAGGAGUUCUUGCAGCUCGUCGAGGACUUUGUGGACAUGAUCGGUAUGCAGAUGAAGGACUUCCAGGACAUUUAUGAAGUCACAGAGAAUUUAGUGUUGAGCAUCCAUAAGCGCCCCACAGCCAUGACAACCGACUUCACCUUCCCAGUGAAAGGAUGGAGAGGCAUGAUGGACUGGGUCAGGACCUCAGAGGAGAAGAUCACUGUCUCCCGCGACGCUCUGUCCAUCGACCAGUCUGAGGGCACCACUGCAUUUGUGACCGGGAUCAUUCUGUACAGAAACCUCAGCUCUAUCCUAUCCUUCCAAAGUAACAGCAGCGUACUCAACUCUAAGGUAGUUACGGUUGUGGUCAAGCCCACCCCAGGUCUGCUCUCCACCCCAGUGGAAAUCGAGUUCCCCCACCUCCAUAAUGACACCAUCAAUGAAACUUGCAUCUCCUGGGAUGAGACUGAGGSCCCUUCUUCGCUGCUUGGAUCUUGGUCUGCGCGUAGCUGCAGAGCGGUCGCCGUUGAUUCUUUCAGAACCAAAUGCGUGUGUGACAGGCUCUCCACCUUCGCCAUUUUAGCGCGGCUGAACCCUGCUAUGAACAUGGAUAAGAAUCUGCUUCCCUCUGUGACGCUCAUCGUAGGCUGUGGGGUCUCCUCUCUCACCCUACUGCUCCUCAUCAUCAUCUAUGUCUCCGUCUGGAAGUAUAUCCGCUCGGAGCGCUCAGUGAUCCUCAUCAACUUCUGCCUCUCCAUUAUCUGCUCCAAUGCCCUCAUUCUGGUUGGACAAACCCAGGUCCUUCCUUUAGGUGGUGUGUGGAUGGUGGCCGCCCUCCUUCACUUCUUCUUCCUCUCAUCUUUCUGCUGGGUGCUGACGGAAGCAUGGCAGUCCUACAUGGCUGUCACGGGCCGUCUGCGCAACCGCAUCAUCCGCAAGCGUUUCCUCUGCUUGGGCUGGGGACUCCCUGCUCUGGUGGUGGCUGUGUCUGUUGGAUUUACCAAGGCUAAGGGAUAUGGCACCGUCAACUACUGCUGGCUCUCUCUGGAGGGUGGACUCCUCUACUCGUUCGUUGGACCCGCUGCUGCUGUUGUUCUGGUGAACAUGGUAAUUGGCAUCCUGGUCUUCAACAAGCUGGUGUCCAAGGACGGCAUCACCGAUGUCAAACUGAAGGAGCGAGCGGGAGCGUCACUGUGGAGCUCCUGUGUGAUCCUGCCCCUGCUGGCCCUCACCUGGAUGUCCGCUGUCCUGGCCAUGACCGACCGCCGCUCCGCUCUCUUCCAGAUCCUCUUCGCGGUCUUUGACUCCCUGGAAGGGUUCAUAAUCGUCAUGGUGCACUGCAUCCUGCGCAGAGAGGUUCAAGAUGCAGUGAAAUGCAGAGUUGUUGACCGUAAGGACGAUGGCAAUGGAGAUUCUGGCAGUUCCCUCCAAAAUAGCCACCACACCCAGCUCAUGUCUGAUUUCGAAAAGGACGCUGACUCCAACAGACCCGGUGGCAUGAACUCCUCCUGUGAGGAGAAGAUGCCCCUCCCACCUCAGCURCCCCUCCCCAUGAGCUCCAACUUCCACACCCUGCCCUCCCACACCACCAAGGCCCACAUGCAGGCCGUGCCCGAGUACUCCAGCCACACCCUCACCCUGAAGAGGGAGAAGAGCAGGCUGCAUGGYGGCAUGGACCCGUCCUCCUGCGGGAAACCCGUCUACGUGUGCGAAGGCGAGCUCUUCCAGCAGCUGGACGCCAACCUGGCGCGUGGCCAGGCGGAGGGGAGCUGCCCCGACGGUAGCGGCUAUUUGCUCCUGCCCAACACCACCUCCACUCUUCGCAAGGCCAAAGAGGACCCGUCCAAGUACAACAUCAGCGUGGAGCAGCUUCCACAGACCAGGCUGGUUCAUCUCAGUGGGCCCUUCGCUGAGCCCCAGGCCGCCUUCGGACUCAAGACSCUACCGUCCGACCGGGUCAGCGUGUCCUACUCGGAGAGGGACUCUCCCGUCCAGAACAUCCACAACAUGUCCAGCGAGUCUCACAUCACCCACAGCAGCCUGGGAGACACCUUCGACUCUCUGAACUCCAUGAUGUCCAAGAGCGAGACCAUCUCCACACUGUCCAUGAGCUCCCUGGAGAGACAGAAGUCCCGUUACGCUGAAUUAGAUUUCGAGAAGAUCAUGCACACAAGGAAACGUCACCAAAACAUGUUCCAGGACCUCAACAGGAAAUUACAUCACGCUGAGAAACAAGACAGAGAGUCCCCUGCUUCAGACAGCAAGUCUGUGAGAUGGAGCGUGUCCUCUGGAGGAAGUGACAAAACAAACCACAGCGACAAGCAGCUGCCACAGGUGGAGAGACCCUGGGAAGGUGUCCAGAGGACCCAGCACUCGCCCCCUGCCUGGGUGCGGAAGGACCUGGAGCCCCUGGCCGCGUCGCCCCUGCAUAUGCAGCAGGUGGAGUGGGAGAAGGCUGGUGCCACCAUCCCAAUGGUCAGCCAAGACAUCAUCGACCUGCAGACGGAGGUCUGAGAGGAGGAGCCUGAGAUUGUUCCUUAUAAUUCAACCUCAGUCACCUAUYCUAUUGGUUGGGGGGAGAAGAAGAGCCAUGGAUCCACGUGGAUAGAGUAGAGGAAGCCAAUAAUGAACAAGUGAAGAGAGGAGGUGGAAGAGAGAGCUGAGAGAGUGCUGAACCCAGAAUCCAUGUCUUCGAACCCUUAGAAAGAGAAAGAUGGAGRGAUGGAAGGAGGGAGGCUACUGUGUUGUGCUGUAGGGAUUUUGUUUUCCAGCAGGGACUUGAUAAUGAGCAACAUUAGAGAAGCGCUGUGAUUCUGACCUGCAGUUAGUGUCAGUUAGUGAUGGAUGGUUCCAUGAUUCCAAGGACUGGUUCUGGUUCUGUUCGCAGCCCGACCACUGAGAGGUUUCUUACCGACUGGGCUCAGGAGAGGUGUGGUCGACAUGGUUAAAAUGCAGUCAACAUGCCCCUUUGACUCGUUUUAAAACGCCGGGUCUCACUUUACCCGGGAGCUCCAACCAAACCUAACAUUUGUACGCUUGUGUUUGCGGCCAAGGCAUCUUCCAAGUUAGCUAGGACAAAGGCAAGAGGAGCGGUCUGGACUCCCUUCAGACUUGGUCUGACUCAACGCGGUGGUUUAUCAAUCAAAGCUUGAUCAUGCUUACAGAGCUGAGAAUUCUUCUUCUUCUUAUUGUUAUUAUUAUCAUUAUCAUGUUGUUAUAGUAUUAUGAUUAUCAUUCUUAUU